GCCCCUGCUUUUGGCUCGCCUCCCCCCACCCGCCCCAUGCCCUCGGCAGCUGGCGCAGAUCGCAUGGGGCCGAUGCUGCGAGCGCUGCUCCUGGCGCUAUGCUGCGCGGCCCUGACCACCGCGCAGGACCUCUUCCUGUACAGUGCCCCGCACGAGGUCAUCCAGACGCCGAGCCAGGUGACCUUCGUCACCAACCCCGGGGCGCACUCCCUGGCCGGGCUCCCGGGCGGAAGCCGGGAAUUCCGCCUGCACCACCAGUCGGUCUUCCUGGACGAGUCGCCGGAAAUCCGCUGGGGAGCCUUCUUCGGCCCGGCAGCCGAGAUCCUGGUCAACCCGGCGACCGGCUUCGGGGCCGGCUCGCAUCCCAUGCUUGUCCCGGUGGCUGGCAGCCCCCUGCCCAUGGUCAUCCAGUGCACGACCGACGGGGUGGGCUUCUACACCCGGCCCGAGAGGCGGGCCCUGCCGGCGGCGGAUGCCCAGGUGCUGGCGGCGGCGGCCUCAUCCGCCAUGUCGGUGACCCUGCUCGGGGUCGCCGGGGCCGAUGGCCCAUCGCCGCAGGGCUUCCUGGCCAUCCUCAGCGAGGAGGCACUCGACGUUGUGUAUGCCUUUGAGAUGUCGCCGUCGCAGCGCCUGUCGGCGGCCGCCGGCGGCGGGCAGCGUUUCUACCUGGCCAACGGAAGUGUGAUCAUGUACCUUUCCCUCUCGCUCUCGGACCGCGCCGUGCAAACCUACCAGGCCCCCCUGCCCGGGGCCAUCAUCAGUCUGGCCGCCACGCGACUGGCCUCGCCGGCGGCCGCCUGCCCGGCUGACGCGGACAUCCUGCUCCUGCUGGACACCGGCAACCUCUACAUCUUCUCCUGCUACGACACGACCGGGUCGGCGGGCACCAUCUUGACCAGCCUGCCGGCCGGGGUGCCGGCGGCCGGGGCCCGGAUCUUGGCCCCGCCGGCCGCGUCCAUGAUCGAGGCGCUGCCCUGGUUCCUGAUCUUGGCCCCCGGGGCGGCGGACCGCCGCGACCGGGUCUGGCGCGGGGACCUCCUGGCCAAUGACAUCUCCUGGCGCCGGGUGGUGCUGCCCUCGACGGCCUAUGCGCUGGACGGGCUGCAGCUGGCCCACCUGGCCGUGCCCCAGGCCGCCGGCCUGUGGGCGCUGGUCUUCAACAAGACCGUGCUCUUCGAGCCCCGGGAGUUCGGCUGCUCCACCGACCGCAGCAUCCAGUGCGACAACGAGUCGACCAUCUCGCCGAAUGCGCCGGGCUGGCGAUGCCUCACCGGGCACUUCCCAUCGCCCUACGUGUCGUCGGAUCACCUGUGCCCGGGCUGCGUCGAUAACUGGCAACUGGAGCGCUCGGACGAGGACUAUCCCAUGUCCAAUCCCGAGCACCAAUGCUCCCCCUGCUCGAGCACCGGCUGCCAGACAUGCUCCGCCCGCCAUUGCCUCGUGUGUGCGUGGCACCGGAUCCCGGAGGCCAGCGGCCCCGACGGGACGACCCGCUGUGUGGAGGCCUGCUCCGAGGGCUUCGCCCUGGUGGCCGGGGUGUGUCGCCCGGAUGGGCUGGUCCUUCCGCGCGCCAGGCUGGCCGAGCCGGAGGCCGAGGACCUGCCCGGCCUGCCCCCCGGCCGGGCCAUCACCGCCAUCGGGGAGACAUGGCUGGCGCUGGACCCGGUGACCGGGCUGCCGGUGCUGCCGGCGACCCCCGGCCCACCGCUGGGGACCCUGCUCUUUGGCGGCCCACAGGAGGUCCUCUUCCUGGCCCAGGGGGACAUGACCAGCCCGGCCCGGCCGCCGGCCAGGCCGAUGUCGCUGCUGGACCAGGCCCUGCCGGGCCCGGUGGUGGCCUAUGCCGAGGCCGGGCCCUUCCAGCAUGGCCCCCGGCGGGCGUAUGCCCUGCUGAUGCUCGAUGCGGGCGGCAUCCUCCACCAGGCGUGGGUGUGGUGCGCCGAGCCCGGGCCCGGGGCCUGCGUGGCCGAUGGGCCAGCCCGGCCGGCCCCCCUGCCGCUGGCCCGCCCGUGCCUCAUGCUCCGGCGCUUGGAUGCGCACCGGGUCCUGAUGCAGGUGACCUCCACGGAGAUGGUCCUCUUGACCCCGGACCCGGGCAGCCAGGGGGCCUCUUCCCUGGUGCUCCCCGCCACCGGGCUGGUGAGUCUGUCGGUGGCCGGCACCGGCCGGGCCGACCCCCGGCUGGGGGACUGGCUGGUGUGGUCCAGCCGCGCGGACAAGGUCACCGCCAGCCCGGCGGUCUUCCUGGACCGGGGCGACGCCCGGUGGCACGCGCUGCAGGGGGCUUUCGUGCCGGACAUCGCCCUCAACGAGAGCCACGCCGUGGCGGUGCUCCUGCCUCGGGGCGGCGACCGCCCGGCGGAGGUGGUCCUGGCCGACGCCAGCAGCGCGCACUGGUAUGUCUUCCGCCCGGCGGGGGACAUGCUGCCGGCCGGGCGGCCGGUCGACCUGGCCGGCGCUCGCCAGCACCUCGGGCAGCUGCCGCGCGAGGAGCCCCUCGCCACGGAGGACCACUUGACCGUGCACUUCCAGGGCAUCGCCCUGCCGGCCGGCGGGUCGGUCACCCCGGCCGCGCUGCUGCUCCUGACGCGCACCUUCAUCGGGCUGGCGCUGCUGCACUGCCCCACGGGCGCCAUCGGGCCGUGCCACUUCCUGCCGGCGGCCUUCGUCGACCUCCCCCUGGCCAUGCGGCUGCCCCCGGGGUCGGGCUUCUGGCUGCCGGCCGUGGCGCAGGAGGUCGACCCGGCCGCCCGGGCGGCCGCCGGCCUGGCCCCGGAGCAUGCGCUCACCCUGCUGGCCUUCGCCCCGGACACCGGGCCCAUCAGCGUCGAGGUGCUGGUCGAGUGCCCGGCCGGCACCUUCGGCCCGGACUGCCGGCCCUGCCAUGCCUCCUGUGCCACGUGCCACGGCCCGGGCGCCGACCGGUGCUCCACCUGCCGGCACUGGGUCGACCACCUGCCGGAGGAGUGCCUGGCCGCCUGCCCGGCCGGGCUCUUCGCCGAGCCCCAGGGCCGGUGCACUUGCCAUGCAUCCUGCCUGGCCUGCUCGGUCGCCGGCACCGGGGACUUCCGGUGUGACACCUGCCCGGCGGGCACCGGGCCGGACCCCAUAGGCCGCGAGCCCUUCCGGUGCUUCGCCUGCGCCGCCCCGUGCGCCGAGUGCAGGCACGCCGAUGACCCGGCCGCGUGCACCCGCUGCCCGCCGGAGGCCUGGCUCUUCGAGGGGUCCUGCCUGGCCAGCUGCCCGGCCGGCGCCUGGCCCGAUGCCGACACCCAACGCUGCCAGCCCUGCCCGGCCGGCUGCACCACCUGCACCUCGGCCAGCAUCUGCACCGGCUGCCACGACCAGCGGUACCUGGAGGCUGACGGCCUGUGCCGAGCCUGCCAUUCAUCGUGCGCCGCCUGCGACAAUGCCACCAGCUGCGCCGCCUGCCGGCCGGGGCUGGUCUUCCUGGCCACCGAUGCCGGGCAGGCCUCCCU